CUGGCAAUGGAUCAAAGAUCCUCUUGCCCAGACCCAAAAACACCUUUGGGGUAUAUGUGUAAGGAGUAUGGAACUAAAUUGGGUCCAAAGAAGCAAAAGCGCUUAGUUAAAUUGGCACAUGCUUGGAAUGGUUAUACCUAUGAAAACCCUGGGUUACAGUUUCCUGAUAAAGGAACCUUUGAUCCCGAUAAAUUAAAUUACCUGAGGGGAUUCUUAGAGAUACCUAAGCCAAAGCAGAUGAAAUAUUGGUACCUAUGGGAUAAUGAAGCUUCAAAAAGAAAACAAAAAUCUAUUGAGACUAGUCUCAGAGACUCUAAUGAUAAAUUAAAAAGGCAAUUGGCUACAUUAAAGGAGGAAAAAUUGGCUCAGCCUCCUAUAAAAGAGAAAAACCCUAGUGUUCCACCAGCUCCAAAUGGCCCUCCAACAUAUAAAAACCUUUACCCUAUUAUGCCGGCGCCCAACUUUACCCGCACCCAAGAAGAUACAGAAGACCUACUAGAUUCCUAGGUACCUAGUCCUGUUCCUCCUCCUCCUGCCCAAAUAGUCAACCCUGCUCCUCCUGCUGCUGCAGCUAGCUGUUCACCCACAGAGCCGCCAGCAAGCCUGCUUUCUCCCCCAGCUUCAAUUAAUUUAGACUCCGAUGAUGAUGGCCUACCUAGUAUGCGAGAAGUUAAGAAAAAUUUAAAGGCUGAAUUAAGACCCUUAUACAAGGUGAAGAAUAUCCAAAGAGGUUCAAAUGGGCAGACUGUAAUAACCCUAUAUGCCCAAGAGGGAGGAAGAUUGAUUGUGACCACCUUCGGAGACCCGCAGUAUUUUAAGUCAACUGUUCUCUGCCCAUUGCGACAAUACCCGCCUCAAAUACCAGGAGGCCAAUGGACUGUAGUUCAUGUCCCUUGGACUGCUAGUGAUAUCACUACCUUUUGUAAUACCUUUCCAAAACUCAGAGAAAGCCCUACUGAUUUUAAAGAUAAAUUGCAGCAGGUCUUUAGUAUUUACAGUCCCACUGUGUCUGAUGUAAACUGGCUCUUAAAUAGUCUGUUAAAUCCAGAACAAAAAUGACUCCGAAUUGCAGAAACUAGGAAUAUUCCGGAUGGCACCCUUUGGCCACAAAAUGAUUACAAUUAUGAAGAAAAUCAAGGACUGCAAAAUUUGCAAAAUGCUAGAGCUACUUUGCUAAACGCCAUUACCAGAGUAGCUCAGACUCAUGUAGAUUGGACAAAAGUAGAAAUUGGCAAACAAAAUCCUGACGAGCAUCCAGCAGAUUUUCAAACUCGACUUUGUGCAGCAAUCCAAAGACAUACCAGCAUUGAUCCUGCUGCAGACAACAUGCGAGGGUUGAUUGUUACCACCUAUGUAAAGAAUUUACAGCCGAAGUUACAAGAAAAAUUACAGCAGUUGGUUCUAGGCUGGAAAGGAAAACAAAUGACUGAAAUUGUUCAGGCAUGUAUCGAUUUAUGGGAACAACAGCAGGCGGAAAAGGAAAAAAGAAAAGAACUUAAGACUAACCUAAUGGCUUUGAAAAUUCAAAAUUUAGAACAAAAACGGCGUACUGAUCCUCGCCCAUACGCCCAACCUCACAAAGACUUUUAUCCUGGGGCCCCAACGUCCAAUCAGAGCUCUCACCCAAAUUUUAGCUUCAGACCAAGUGCACCUCCUUUUCAGCUGCGUUCCCAACAUGGACUGCGUCCAGAUGAUAUUUGCAAUUAUUGCAAGCAAAGAGGACAUUGGAAAACAAACUGCCCAAACCGGCCUCAACCAGUCCGCUCUCUAGCUUUCCACUCUCCAAACCCCCCCCAAUGACGGUUUUCAGAGACUUCUGUAUCUCCUGAUUGUGCCUUGCUAAAUUCUCUUGUAAAAGCCUCUGAAGACGCUAGUGUAACCAUAGUGGUCAAUGAACAACCUCAUGAUUUCUUAGUAGAUACGGGAGCCUCUAUGUCCACUAUAAAGUGUGAGGAAGCUAAGGAACUUGUGCCUACAACUAAAAUAGUUAAUGCAAUUGGACUAGGGGGUCAGGUCAUUCCACAUGUAUACGCUAACCCUGCUCUAGUUAAAAUAGGACCUCUGUCUGCUGAACAUGCCUUUUUGUUAAGUCCUACUGCUCUGGUAAACUUGUUAGGAAGAGAUUUGCUGUGUAAAUUAGGUGCCACAAUCUACUGUUCCCCUGAGGGUAUAUAUUUAGAUCUGCCUUCUGAUCAGACCCCAAAUUUAAUGCUCUUGUUCUCUACAGACCCUGAGAAUAACCAAAUAGAUGGAGACUCCUCCAACUCUCCAUCUCUUUUGGACGUUCCAGAGUCCUUGUGGGCUUCCCACCUCAAUGAAACGGGGAAACUCUUGAACAUUGAGCCAGUUCAGUUAACAUACAAUGCAUGCAAACCUUUUCCUGCAAUAGAACAGUAUCCCCUUUCCCGCAAAGCUGAAGAAGGUAUCGCCCCGGUCAUUGAUGCUCUUUUGCAACAGGGUGUUUUAAUCCCAACUCGCUCUCCCUGUAACACUCCUAUCCUACCCGUGAAAAAGCCAGGGAAAACAGAUGAGCAUGGAAAACCUGUUUAUCAUUUUGUACAAGAUUUAAGAAAAAUUAAUCAAUUUGUUGUCCCUUCUCAUCCUGUUGUGCCUAAUCCCUCUACCAUCCUUAGCAUGAUUCCCACCUCUGCUACUUUUUUUUCUGUUGUUGAUUUACGUUCUGCUUUUUUCUCCAUCCCAGUACACCCUGACUCCCAAUUUCUUCUUGCAUUUACCUACAAAGGAAGGCAAUAUACGUAGACAUGUUUGCCUCAAAGGUUUACUGAAAGCCCUUCUAUAUUUUCUAAAGCGUUAAAAAAGGAUUUAGAUACUAUAAUUUUGCCUUGUAACUCAGUACUUAUUCAGUAUAUUGAUGAUCUUAUAGUUGCCUCGGAAACUGAAAUUGCCUGUGUUACAGAUACAAUUCAGCUCCUGAAAUGUUUAGCCCAACAAGGUCAUAAAGCUUCUAAAGCUAAGUUGCAGUUUUGUCAGCCAAAAGUUAUAUAUCUAGGGCACGAAAUCUCCAAAGGACAUAGACAUCUAACUGCAGAUCGUAUUUCUGCUGUUCUUUCUCUCCCCAGACCCACUACUAAGAAGCAGCUCAAAGGAUUUUUAGGCUCUGCAUCUUAUUGUCGGCAAUGGAUACCUAACUUUUCUUUACUAGCUAAACCCUUAAAUGAGCUUACAAAGGAUGGUUCUCCUAAUAACCCUCUCCCGUGGACUGAGCACCAUGAACAAGCCUUUGUUAACCUAAAAACUGCACUAGCCUCUGCACCAGCAUUGGGACGCCCUGACUAUGAUAAACCCUUUACACUAUACUGUCAUGAAAGAGAAGGUGUUGCUACUGGAGUCCUAACCCAACCUUUUGGUUCUUCUUACAAACCAAUUGCUUACUUUUCUUCCUUGCUUGACCCUGUUGCUUAAGGAUUUCCACCUUGUUUGCGUGCUGUAGCUGCUGGUGCAUCACUUUUAGAAAAAUCAGCAGCUAUAGUGUUAGGGUCUCCCCUUACCCUUGCUGUUCCCCAUGCUGUCUCUGCCUUGUUAAAUUGCAGGAAAACUCAACACUUGUCCUCUCCAAGGUUAUCUUCUUAUGAACGCACUAUUCUAGCUGCUAAUAAUGUUACUAUUGUUCGUUGUAAUGUUUUAAACCCUGCUUCUCUUUUACCUUUACCGCACGAUGGAGAUACUACUGCAUUACUCAGACAGAUCAGGUAUUUACCCCGCGUCCACAUCCCAGAGAUACACCUCUAGUUAACCCUGAUUGUAUUUUUUUUUGUAGACGGCUCAUGCAAAAGAGACGUGACUGGGCAACUUCGUGCUGGGUUUGCCGUAUGUUCACCACAUGCAGUCAUUGAAGCUCACAGUCUUCCUGGUAUCCGGAGCGCGCAACAAGCAUUGUGGAUUCCUUACCUCUUCUGGGUCUCCUAUUUCUCAUGCUCCUUUAAUUAAUGCCUUGCUGGAUGCUAUUUUACUCCCUAAACAGAUUUCCGUUAUGCACUGUAAAGCUCAUACAGGAGGUUCUGAUGAUGUGAGCCAAGGAAAUGCUUGUGCAGAUAAACAUACGCAGCAUGCAGCCCUUGAUGGUACCCCACUUGCCAGUCCCUUUUGUUUAGUCCUUGAUCUUUCAACCUCUAACAUUUCUCUUCUCCAGGAUGCAGCUCCAGAAUCCGAAAAACAUGCGUGGCUUUCUGCCGGCUGUAUCUUACAUUCUGAUACCUUGUGGAAGUCUCCUGACGGGAGCAUCAUUGCCCCUAAAACCCUUGUCCCUCAUCUUGCACGCGCAUCCCAUGAAAUGGGACAUGUGUGCAAAAGGGGGGUAGCAGAAAACAUUUUAAGAUACUGGUACGCACCCACUAUACAUGCAGUAGCGAAAAGGAUCUCACAAACUUGUGCGAUAUGCUUGCAACAUGGAAUUAGCAAACCCACAUAUGUCCAGGCUAGUGCCACUCCCUGGUCUUAUGGACCAUUUCAAAACUUACAAGUAGAUUUCAUUGAUUUACUGCCUAGCAAAGGGUUCAAGCAUGUCCUUGUUAUCGUGUGUCACUUCAGUGGGUGGACAGAAGCUUACCCCACUAGAAGAGCAGAUGCAGUCUCUGUAGCAAAGGAAUUAAUGACCGAAUUGAUUCCACAAUUUGGCAUACCACUUACAUUAGAUUCAGAUCAGGGACCGCAUUUUACUUCUCAAAUCCAAAAGGUUCUUAGUAAAGCUUUAGGAUUUUCAUGGAAAUUUCAUACACCCUAUCAUCCAGCAAGCUCAGGGAAGGUAGAACGCAUUAACCAAGAUAUUAAAUCAAAAUUACCCAAACUUUGUAAACAAACUGGACUUUCUUGGCCUGACAUUCUUCUGAUUGUGCUAAUGCACCUCAGGAACAUGCCUAAUAGAAAACAUGGACUUACGCCAUAUGAAAUUUUAUUUGGUAGACCUAUGAACGUGGGUUUAAACCCUAUCAUAGAGAUUAAAGCAGUAGAUCUGUUAGAAGGUCAUGAAAGUGUGUUAAGUUAUUGCAAAGGACUCAUGAAGACUUUCAAAGCUUUAUUUCCACAGGUCAGUGCAGCUUUACCCAUUCCAACUGAUGUUCCCUGCCAUGCUUUGAGACCUGGUGAAUGGGUUCUAGUAAAGGAAUUUUGCCGAAAAGACUGCCUGCAACCCAUACUGCCGUAAAGGUUGAUGGAAGAUCUGCCUGGAUACACACAUCUCAUUGCAAAAGGACAUUAACACCAAAGAAAGAAGAACAAAUCAACCCAGAACCAGCCCAGCUGGAAUUAGAUCCCACUCAAAAGGAAACUGAGGAAGAAGGUCUUCAAGAAACGAGUGCAGAUACCCCUCACCUUGUUGCACCCCCUCACAACUAUAACCUUCGUCCUAGAAGACAAGCCAAGAAAAGGUAACUAAUCAGUGUUAUUAACACCAAGGUGAACUCAGACAACGAAACCCAGAAGAAUUGCCUGCAGAGGCAAACCAAACAAUACUUGCCAACAUGACUGUUAAGUUUAUUAUGGCUACAGUGCUACUUAAUGUAGCCGUAUUAGGUGCCCCUAACACAUACCUUGGUCUGCUACAAAAGGUAUCAAUAGCCCUAAACGUCUCAGAUUGCUGGGUGUGUGGUCUUAGUCCUAGGGCUCAUAGCGAAGGAUUUCUUAUGAUACCUCGUCCCUUGAGUUUAGAAAGUUUAACUGUGCGGUGGGCAGACCCAAAUAAUGCCACUUGGACUGAUGCAAGGUACCUUACGGUGAUUCCUUUACAGGGAGAAAUGUGUUGGGUACACAACUACUCCCAACAAAAUUUUUAUUCAGUGGGAAAUAGUAGUUGUAAACAUUAUGAUAUGGGAAAAGGAGUGUGGAUGAACAAUCAUACUAAAGAGAGAACAUGGUGCCAAAGUUUUAAUGGAUGGUAUAGCCCAAAUAACCAGAUUAGCGGAACUGGAGCAAUAUCCUGCAAACCAAUGAAGUGGUCACGUAUCACCAUAUGGGAAUGUUUUAUUUUAGGAGGCCAUUGCUAUAGAGAUGGCACCAUAAAGUCAGCAUCUCCUGACAGUUUGGGAAGGCCAUCUCCUAUUGGAGGUCGGUUUACCCUAGACUGGUAUGAAGGCUCCUUUAGUAAUAACCAGGCCCUGCAAGGAACCUAUUGGGUAUGCGGGACUAAAGCCUACCAUCAGCUACCACCAAAUUGGUUCGCAUCUUGUUAUCUAGCCUGGCUAACCCCUCCAGUCAGAGUUACAAAAGUUCUGCCUCCAGGGCAUCACCGAAAUAAAAGAGAAAGCCCCGAGAGAGCAGAUUGAGAACGAGAUGCGAUAGCUACCCUUGAAACUUAUAAAAAUCCUUCAACCGUGGGAAAAUGAAUAGGGUGUUCUGUAGCAGGAAUAUUUCCACUAGUUACCGGUCCAGCUGUCUCCUGUUUGGGAAGAUAUACCCUGCAACUACAAGCGGUAGUUGAAAUAUUGGCCCUAGAAACUGAAACUGCCAUAACCAGUCUGGGAAACGCUAUAAAGAUCAUAGCCCGAAAUCAAGAUAAUUUACGACUAAUGGUUAUGCAGAACCGAUUAGCCCUUGACUAUGUUUUAGCAUCUGAAGGGGGUGCCUGUGCUGUAAUAGGCCAAGAGUGUUGCACUUAUGUAAAUAGUACCUUUGACUUAGUAGAAAACCAAGUUAAUAAUGCGAUGGUUCAUGCUGCAAAAGCCGCUGAAGCAGCCUUCGUUCCCAAAGUUUCUUCAGUAGAUUGGUUUGCUUGGUUAGAUCCUAGGGGAUUAUUCAAAGGUCUGCUUGGGAAAAUAAUGUCUGCUUUGUGUAUGGUUUUAAUUUUAGGGUUAAGUUUGUAUGUGAUUGUGCAGCUAGUUUUAUGUUGCACAAAGUUGUGUCUUAAAAAGGCUGAACAAACUAUCUAAAGAAAUGGUUAAAAACAUGGUGUUAGAACUAAGAAAUAAUCAAAUAAAGCAAGAGAAACUAUGGACAGACCUGUGCCAAAUAGAAAUAGAGUGAUCCUCCUUCGGAAGGAUCAAAUGGGUGAAAUGAAGGGGAAAAACAAAAUGGUUCCAGUCUGCCAUUUUGUUUGUGAGCAAGUCAUGUAGCCAGGUCAUGACCUUGCUGUUACAGACUGGUUUAAACUAGUUUUUUUUUUUCUCCAGUAACAAGUUGAAGACAUGUGCAGACUUGUCUGAGUGAUGGCUAAUGUUGAUUGGUUUAUACUGUUGCUAUGCUUAUGACGUCACGUUUUCUAUAUUACCGCCUCACUGCCUAUGCUCAGAGUCAGACCUCAUGGCAAAAUUCUGAAUUCGUGUAUGACACUGACCAGGAAUGCUUUCUUUAUUAAACUAAGUCUUUAAAUUUCAAUCGGCUGGUUCAUUUGAGCCUCCACCCAACGAACCAGGGGACGAAGUUUUCCCCUACACUGCCCAAGGGAGCCCAUCGCCCCAGACGCUCUUUCUUUCCCCAGGAGCUGAAAGGCCCCUGCGGGUACCGGCACCAGCAGCUGGAGCUGAAGGUGCUGCGGGCCCACCUGGCAGCCCAGGAACAGGACACAGAGGUACUCCUGUCCCGGUAGGUGUGGGGCUGGGAGGGACCGGGCUGUUCCCGGGGUGUGGCGCAGGGCUUGGGGCUGAACCCAGGGCCCGUCCCUGCUUCUGCGCGACUCUCUCUUUGGGGAAGGGCUGUUUUGUGGGACGGCGUCGUCAGUCUCCCUGAGCCCAAAAAUGUGUUUUGUCACCACAGUGCUUGGCAAAGGGAAGAGGAGCUCCUGGUGAGUUUGGUGGGGCUGAGGCCGGCAGGGCCGUGGGGCAAGGGAGGGAGCAGGCUGAGGCUGAGCUUGGCCAGCUGGGUAAAUCCAAGAGGAUGUGAAAGCAGGGAACAGAGUCCUGGCACCUUGCAUGUGGGGACAGGUGGGGCCUGGCUGGUGCCUCAGGCUGUGUCGCUGUUGGGUGCUGAGGCCUGAUAUGCUCGGUGCAGCCAUGGGCAUGAUGUGAUGGGCUGGGGCGAUUCUGGUGCAGACUCAAGUGGAGGAGCUCAGGAGGGAGAAUUGCGCCCUGGUGCUGGCCCUCCAGGGGCAGAGGAAGUAGGGCCAUGACAUGGAGGACCGCCCCAUGGAGGUGAGCCUGCCCUGUAUGCCCCUGCCCAGGGAGAGGGGGAGUGUGUGUGUGCCUGUGUGUGCCCAGGGAAGGCUGUGCCCCACUGUACCAGGCCUGCACUCGAGGGGCCGGGUGCUGCCCUGGCUCUGUGGGUGGAGGUCUUGUGUGUGCAGUGCUGGGCACCAUGUGAGCCUUGCGGGUGUCACACUGUAGGACUGGUGGGGUGAUAGGUCUGUGCUGCACCGACCUCCCCUGCUUCAUGGAUGGCUGUCCCCUGCCAUAGCCGCCCCCCAUCCUCUGCCAGGGGCCAGCUCUGGGCCAGGGGCUUGCAUUUUGUCCUCACUGCCGUAUGCUUUCUCCUUUGCAACAGCCUCCCGUGGAGGGGACAGCGGAGGUGUGCUGCCCAGCCUGGGAGGCAUAAGUGGGGCACAGAGAGGGGAGUGUGAGGUGCGGGGCCCUCAUGGGUAACUCAUGGGCGGUGGGGCAGGCUCUGCAGUGCUGCAAGUGGUGCUUCUCACAUCUUGGGGGCUUGUUCCUUCCCGGGUGCUGGCGGGGAUGAAUUCAGUCUGGGAUCCAUUUCUGACCAGUUCCUUUCUGUGCAAUCAGGAGCAUUAGCACCCACCAGGACAAGGGGGCAGGGUCCCAAGUGCAUGCUGGGACCCAGACCAUCCUUCCCCCAAGACCAGAAGCCAGCACCCAGGCAGAGGGCCCCCACCUGGUGCACACCAGCACCCAAACCAGGGCCCUCUGCCUGGGUGAUGUGGGUGCACAGAGGCUCGCUGUCCAAAUCCAGGAGGACACAGGGAGAGGUGGAAACGCCCCUCCAAGAUCAUGGAGCAGGGGACACAGACCGCUCCUCUUCCCCCUACAAUGGAGGCCAGCACCCAGGCAGAGGACACCUAGACACGGGGACACCUCCACCCAGUGUAGGGCCCUCUGCCUGGUAGAUGUGGGCUGUGACCCCCCGCCACACUUGUCAGUGAAGACAAUUGAAUUUCAAGGUCCAAAAAAACCGGGACAGCGUGAAAGGUUCCAGCUCACCUGGCUGCUCCCCUGCUGCUUCACCCAACGGAGGUGAAGCCCUGCACUCCUCCCCUCCCCGCCCACCCCUGUUGUCCCCUCCCUACGUCCAUCGUCCCCUGCCUGAUCUGGGAUGGGCCCAACUGGACUGGCUGACGUGUGGAAGAGAGACGUAUUGGUUCUGUGACAUGAUUCUCUUCUCCUGAUGCCAAGAGGAACCCCUCUCCAGGAAACCUCUGGAUUGCAGGGUCUGACCCAAGACUGGGAGGAGAUGGCUGCUCUCCACAGUAUGCUCUCCCUGCACAAUAAGCAGGGCGAGGGACUGGAGUCUCCAGUAACUUGCAUAGGUUGUCUCACUGCACCAGGGCAGCUUUGGCUUUCACAAGCAGCUUUGAAGGUCCAGUCAUCAGUUGGGAUGCCUCUGUCCCUGCAGAUAGCCCUUGACAUUCUGAGCGCUUUCGAAGCCAAGCCCCAAGUGUCUUCCAUGGGAGAAAGAUGCAAAAUCGCCCCAAGCCUUCCAACAGAUGAAUGAGUCUGAAAUGUGGUGUUGCACUUCCAUGGUACUUGUAAGAUCCUAGAAAGACCAGCAAUGAACUGCAGCAUACCACAAGUACCUGAAGACUGGGGUUGUGAAGGGAGCAAGAAAAUGGCAGGUUUUGUGACAUGCACAAGGGAGAACCCAGAUGUGAUUUACUUGCCUAGUGUGCUGGUGUGGGAAAUAUGCUAAGAUGCAUGCCAGCUGUGGGGUUCCCUCCUGGGGAGCUGCCUUUCCUUCAGGAACCUGUGCAAAACACCAGCCUGCCAAGAACAAGACUACCCAGCUAAUCUGUCAUCGUUACGGCGGUGCCAAACUCUGCCUGCAAAUGCGUGCGAGUAGUUCCCGGCACUUGUCUCUAAUUGUGAUCUAGUCAUCUUUCCCAUUUAUAGCUGUUUCCACUGUUUUCAGAUGCCUGUUUUCUUGCUGGGCUUGCCAGUUUUUGGAGGAUGGCCUGCAGCUUUAGACCAUUUGUCUGAUGGUGUUGUGACAUAACAUCAGUACAUUAGGCCAAAUUUAGUGCUGCUGUGCAAGACCACCAUCACGUCCCAGGACAGGUGUGCCUGCGUGACAUUCUUUGGCCCUGAAAUCAUUCUGCAGUUGGUAAAAUCCUCAGGGCUGUUCAGAACAGGAUGAGCAAGCCUCUGUUUUCAUAAUCCUUGUAUGCUUCUGGCAUCCCAUGGGUACAGCCUGGAAGUCUGUAGAGCUCCUUAGCUCAAGUGUCUUCUCACAGUUACAAUCCACCUCUAUUUGUCUCUCACCUGAGAUGCUAGUACUGUCCAGUAGAAAGAUGAUGUCAUUAUCCAUAAGGGUCUGCCAUAGUUUAAGUCACAAGUGCUAGCUGUACUAUCAAUUAUUAUCUGAUCUGUACAUGCUAGUUGUAGACAUGGAUGCGCCACAUUACAUCAGAUAUAUUCUAACCCUAUGUUUCUAUUCAGCGAUAUGCCUUCAUCUAAUACUGCAAUUUCUGUCAGGCCUUGUGAGCUGAGCAGUCACUUUUUGGGUGGGAGCCCAAGGAUGCCUAUAUACUGUAGGAAGCAGUCUUGGUAAUUCAGUCGGCGGCAGUCCUAGUAAGCAGGGUUGACCUAGGUGCCCUUCAUGGUGCCAGGGGGCAUUGAGCUGCUGUUGUGAAUUGUGGAGCUGAGCUACCACCUGUGUGGCCAUUAAAGAGCUUUUGCCGGUUUACGUGAGAGUAACCCCCAUGCCAUGGCCAGGCUCUGCUUUGGGUAACUACAGUCUGAAACCUGGGUCCCCCAGGAGUUUCAGUUUGAUGCAACAUCCUUUUUCCCUUAUUGUCCCUUGUCGCUGAGCUUUGUAUCAUUGCAGUUGGCUGCAUCCACAGGGGCAAUGGUAGCUCGCCAGUAGGUGAUGCGAUUCAUGUCUGAAGUUGGUGAGCCCAUAUCAUCCUGAAAAUGAUUUGGGAUGAACAACAGCUGUUUAAUUGUAAAGCUCUGCCCAGUGCCCCGAGUUUUCAAGAUGACUUCCUCUGGGAUUCGUGCACAGAACCCACAUCUCGCGUCAGAGACAAACUGCAGGCCUAUAAUGACACUGCCAUGGAAGAGGUUUACCCUUUUGUGUUUUUCAGCUCAGUUAUAAGUAUAAAAAGAUCCAGGCAAGCAUUGUGUCCUUUUACCACAGAUAACUGUCCCCUUAGUCAGGGAAUGCGUCACACACUCAGCUGAAAAAAAAGAGUACUGUUUAAAAUGAUAUCCAGUAGAUUUGAAUUAGAAAAAUAGAUUUGUACUAGAAAACCCAAUAGAUUUUUAUUAGAAAAAUGCACCCCAGAAAGUUAACUUGUUUUCCCUCUAUUUUUAUGCUUUUAUGCCUUUGUUUAUGUAAAGGGUCCUUGGCAUAGGUGAAGGUUGCUGGCUUGAGAAGUUGGGGGCCAGGAGAGGCGGGCUGGUCAGCUGAGCAGCCACGUUUCACUUUUGGCUUGGAAUGGUUUUUAUUUGACAAGGCAAAAAUAUGCUGUCGCAGGGCACCUCGGUGCCUGCUCCUAGAGAGUGGAAACUGCCAGGGAGAGAGAGAGCGAGCCCUGGCAGGACAUAACGAGCCCAGCUGUGGGUUGUCAGGGAUAGAGCACCGCUGCGGGUUGCCGGGGCAUCUAGGGAGGGCCAGCUGUCUGCAGGAGGCAGGGCCUGGUCCUUAUAAAGCCCAGGGCUGAGGCCAGGCUGAGCAGCCGGAGGG